UGUUGUUAGUUUAACAACUGUCAAAACUUCCAACAUCAAUACUCCCCGAUAAAAAAGUGUUAAAAACCACGCCAAAUCGAAUUUGAACCCUUCACAUUCAAUUCAGAAACGUAUCAAAACUAUAGUGUUAAAAAAUAAAUUCACAAAUAAAAAAUAAUUCGGUGGUGGUGAAGUGAUUGAGGUUAUAUACUACGUUUUAAUUUUUUCCAAGAUGUCUUUAAAAAUGUCCAAGGUGUUACGGCACAAAGCCUUAGAAUUCCUCAUGUCUCGCAAAAACAGCGAGAACUUAAUGGAAAUUUUAAAACAUUUCGAAUCUGGCUCGGAUAUGCAUGCUUGCGUUUUAUCGCUCGAAUUGAUCUUUGUAAAUUUGUUAAGACAAAACGCCCUUUAUAUCGAAAUUGUCCCUUUAAAAACGGUCGAAUCGAACGAUGAAAAUAAUUAUAAGCAGUGGUUAAGGGCUAAUUACGAGAAUACGUGGAUUAAACUUUUAGGGUGUUUAGAAAAUCCGUCAGAUAAAUUACAAUUGCAGGCUUUAAGUUCGUGUUUUAACUUAUUAGCAGCCGAAGGUAAACACCCGUUGGAAAUAAAAACAAAUUUAGAAUCGUAUUUGCCGAUAAACCGAUUAAAAUUGAUGUUAAUGAAGGUUUUAUCGAGUAAACAACAUGGAGGCACCAUAAUUUCGAAAUUUGAGGAAUAUUUCGUUUAUGACGAUGUCUUAUUUAGUAUUUGGAAAGCUUUGCCAAGUUUAACCGCGAAAAGUAACCCCAACGAUGUUUAUAUUUUAAAUUAUUUAAUGUUAUUGGAGAAAUUACCAUUUAAACCUAUACCAACACCAGAAGGAAUUAAAUUAUUAUGUUUUUCGGAAAAAAUCCCCUUUAAUUAUGAUGAACAAAUAGUAAAACGCUGCCUGAACAAAAUUUGGAAUUGCAUGGUUUUAUGGGAACAUAAUCAAUCGACGCAUAAGCAAUUAUUAAUCGUUCUCUUGGAAAAAUUAUUGCCUCAUCUUGAUAAACCGCUACUUUUAACCGAUUUUUUAAUGGACUCGUUGGACGUUGGUGGGCCGGUUAGUCUUUUAGCGCUGCAAGGUGUUUUCACUUUAAUUCAGGAAUAUAAUUUAGAGUACCCGAAUAUUUUUGCGAAACUUUAUUCGAUGUUCGAGCCGGAAAUCUUCCACACGAAAUUUAAAGCGAGACUUUUUUAUCUUUCCGAUAUCUUUUUAAGCUCGACUCAUUUACCCGAAAAUUUAGUCGCCGCAUUCGCUAAAAGAUUAGCCCGUUUAGCUUUAAUAGCCCCAUCGGAAGAUAUUAUGGUGAUAUGUAUGUUUAUUGGAAAUUUAAUUUUAAGACAUCCAGGUUUAAAGUGUUUAUUAAAUCACCCCGCUGGGAGUUCAACAGGAAAUGAUCCUUACAUAAUGGAGGAACGUGAUCCAUUAAAAUCAAAUGCGAUAAAUAGUUCUUUAUGGGAAAUUUUGAGUUUGCAACAACAUGCUUUGCCGUGUGUUGCAACAGCUGCGAGAUUUAUAAGUAAUCCAUUGCCUUCCGUGGAGUGGGACUUAGGGAAUGUGUUGGAUACUACGGUAGAUACAAUUUUUGAUCGGGAGAUUAAGAAGAAUGGGAAGCUUUUAGCGUUGGCUUUUGAGAAGGAUUUCGCUGGGAAAUGCGAUAAGAUCGAACAGUAUUGGAAAUUUUAGAGACUGAAUGUGAAAAUAAUAACUUUUUGUUUAUUGAUGGUGAUUAAUAUUAAUUAAUUAAUUAAUAACGACUAAUUAAUAACGUUUCAAAUUUGUAUGAAAUAAUUUUUUUUUGGUUCUUCGAUUCCUUAUUGAUCCUAGUCAAGAACGUUUUCUUUUCAUCUUAAACAAGAGGAAAUGAAAUGAUUUUAUGUGGAUGUAAAAGAGAAGUUUCAAAAAAUUUCUUUCCGAUUAAGAAUCUUUUGUUCGUUUCCAAUUUCUUUUAUAACUCGUCUCGAUCUUUUUGUAAGUUGUUAUAAAACUAUGUAUCAAAUAAAAAUGUUGUC